AUGUGGGACAAGCCAUUUGUGAAUCGUUUUACUUUGGAAAUUUACCACCGUUGCUCCAGGUCCGCCUUAUUUGAGUGGAAGGCUAGGGUACCUUCCAUGUACAUUGACAGUGACACUUACAGCUGUUACCACGAGAUGACAGGUCUUCAGUUCCAUAUUAUGAGUCAAAUACCAAAGGUGAGUUCAGUGAGAGUAGGACCGAGAGCUGCUGAACUCCAGGCGUAUCUGAGAAUAAAACGGGUCUUGAUCCUUCUUGAAAGUACCCACAAGACUCAUGACACAUACCACAAAAGAAUCAAGGAGCUUAUAGGUGAUGAUGACAGUGAUGAUGAUGGUUUCCAACGUGGUAGUACCAUAAUCAUCACCACUGACGUCACCUAUUCUUCUCAUAAUUACACAAGAGUUUACCCUCCGCGUGCUAUAUACAAGGCCUUCUACGAUAAAGCCAAGGAGCUUACACAUGAGGGUGUACACUGCAACCAUCAGUAUGUUGAAGAGAUUUUGGACAAAUGUUACCCUCAUGCCUUUACGAUGAAGAUGUUCAUGCAUCUUCUCCAGGCAAAUCCCCAAAGGACGGAUAAUGAGCUUCAAAACAUCAUGGGGAGCAUAUCAAGUUGUAUAAGGCUCAACAAAAGCGUCCCUGAGCAAAUGCUCAUGUGGUGCUACAAUGACCUGCCUAGCAAAUACAAGAGUUGCUUGAUGUAUCUAUCCAUUUUCCCCAAAGACCGCACCAUCACAAGGACAACCCUGGUUAGAAGAUGGAUUGCUGAGGGCCUCAUAAACCCUACAAGAGAGUACUACACUACCCAAGGUCAGUUGGAUAAUGCAACAACACUAGAGGUUGUAGCCAAGCACCAUUUCGAGAUGCUCGUCGCUCGAGGGUUCAUUCGUCCUGUUGAUAUCAGUGAUGCAUGCAACAUCAAGACAUGCACGUUACAUCAUGAAGCUUCCGAGUUCAUCGCCAGGAUUGCCAUAGAUGUCAACUUUGUGGACACAGAUCUGCCACAAGGUUUUGCGCAACACCUUUCCAUCCAUAACAGAAUACCACUGCAAGCAUGUCAUCCUCCUACGGAAGUUGCCAAUGACAUAGUAGCAUCUCUUCCAUAUUUGGCCAAGUCAUCUCAGUGGAAGCUCUUGAAGGUGAUGGAUCUAGAGGGUUGCAGAGGGUUGAAGAAGAAACAUCUUAAGAUUAUUUGUAAGAUAAUACUGCUCAGAUAUUUCAGCCUCAGGAAUACAGAUGUCACUGAACUUCCAAAGCAAAUAGAGAUGCUAACAUGCUUGGAGACAUUGGACAUCCGGCAAACUGCAGUAAGGGCGUUCGCCACAAAGUCUAUUAUGCUUCCAAUGCUAAAGCAUAUGCUUGCUGGGGAGAGUCAGACAUGCCCUCCUCCUUUGAAUAACAAUCCUGAGAGGUUUCAAGAGUCAUUUGUGGGGGUGCGCCUUCCCAAUGGCGUCCCAAGAAUGGAAAAACUGGAGAUGUUGUCUCAUGUUGAUGUUUCCCACAGUGUUGAUGAUAUGAUCAGCAUCGGACAACUGCUGCGACUAAGGAAACUAGGUGUGAUCCUCGAUAGGAAGAAUAGAGAUGGCUUGUUGGAUCUUUUGUUCCAACAGAUUGAGAAGUUGCAUGGUUGCCUCCGUUCCUUGUCAAUCCAGGUCAACCAUCCGGUUACAAGUGACGGUGUUAUUAUUCAUGAUGAUGCAGACGAGGUGCAUGCAUUGGGCUCGCCUCCGAAACUCCUUCGGAGCCUAAACAUCAGAGGCAUCAGAAAUGGGCUCCUUGGCUGGAUCGCAGAGCUCGAUAAGCUCGUCAAGUUAACACUGAGCGAAACUUACCUUGGGGAAGAUGCUCUAGGCAUCAUUGGCAAUCUUGGAGUUCUAGCUUGUCUCAGGCUUCUGCACAAGUCGUACAACGGAAGCAAGCUCCACAUCAAGAAUGGAGAGUUCAUUAGCCUCAAGUCUUUGAUCGUCCGAGGCAACGACAUCACCAGCAUUCACUUUAACGAAGGUGCAUCACCUAAGCUUGAGAUGUUUGUGUGGUCUUUUGCCAGAAUGGAGGCCAUGGAUGGACUCGAUGAGCUUUACUAUUUGAAGAAGGUUGAGCUCUAUGGUGACUGCAACCCACAGCCCCUGCGAGACCAGAUGUGGAGGGGGUUGUAUUUCCAGUACCUGCGAGAUCAGAUGUGGAGGAGGUUGGAUUUCAAGCACAACGGAUAG